UUGUGUCCUCAUCUUAGACUAGUUAUAUAUGUAGAAGCUUAUGCCCAAUGUAGCAGGAUCCUCUCCCUUUCACAAUUACAAAAGCUCAAGGCACUUUCCUAUUAACUCUUAAAAUCAAGUCCCCUCAUCUUAUUUGCAAUAUCGGAGAAAGAGCUAGAGAUGGGGCAAAUAUACAACCUGCAUCCGGCGGAGGCCGAACACCUGUUUACCUAUCUCGAAAUCCUCGGGGUGAGGAUCCAUCUUAACGUUUCUGAUCAGGAAAAGGCUAUCACUGCUACCGACUCCUUCUUCAAAACAUUCAUCGUUUGGCGUCAGCCUAGGAUAAUCGGUUCGAUCGCCUUUGCAAUCCUGAAUGAACUCCUUCAAUCUAAGGAGAUAAACGAGGAGAUUAUUGAAAAAGUUAUUCAGUUCUACCCGAACGUCCCGGGCGAGGCGGCGGAGGAGAAGAAGAAAAAGGAGGAGGAUGAAGACGACAAGUUGACGGCGAUGUUAGGGCCGGAGGCCGAGGAGGAGGAGGAGGAGACAGAGGAGAUGGAGGAUCUUCCAGAUCCCGAGUGUGAUGAUUUAGAUUUUCAUGUAAAGUACCUGAAGAAGUGGGCCAUGGAGAGGGCCCAGCAGAAGGUAAAGGAGUUAGAACCGACAGAACAAGACAGGAUGGAGUUGUUGAAACAUUGCACGGAAAUCGGAUGCAGUUUGAAACAAGACCAAGCCCAGAAGAUCCUCAAUAUGAUGAUUUCUUUCUUAAGCAAUUCUGAGUUUUUUACACGAUUCUCACCUUACAAAACUGAUAGGAGAAUCUGCAUCAAAAGUUUCAUGGAGAAGGUCCGAGCCUAUCUCGAGCGUUCUUGCAUCCUGAACGACUUGGGGACGGUGUACCGCGCCAUUGAGACUGUCAAGUCAAUAGAAGAAGAAGAAGAUUUGAAAAUGGAGCGGCAGCGUGUCAGCAGGAUGUUAAAGAAGAAUAUCGUACCAACGAAAGAAGAAGGGAUUGCUACCCCCAUGUGCCUCUUAAAACUAGAAGAGAAAAGAGAAUAUCUGGAACUUGACGAAUCCAGAGAAGGAAAAUAUGUGGAAUGUUAAUUUCUGCCUCACACAGCCAGAAUCUGAAGAUAUGGAAACUGAAGAAUGUGAGAGUGUGACAAGGUGGGGAGCUAAGAGAAAGAUUGAUCACCAAUGAGAUCUUGUUAGUUUAUGGUUCAGACGUGAUUUGGUUGUUUUGAUAAUAAGUAGUACCGUACUAUGUUGGAAUGGAAAGUUAGUUAGAUAAUGGGUGCACCUUCAGUCCCUUUCUAUUUGGAUCACCAGUGAGAUCUUUGUUAGUUUAUGGUUCAGACAUGUUUUGGUUGUUCUGAUAAUAUACAAGUACUGUACGUACUUUGCAUUAAUGAUAUUUAGGAAUGGAAGCUAGCGCUUAGUUAGAUAA